GGGGCUUCCCGCUCUGUGCACCGCACUCCUUUUCGCGUCCUGUUGCUGCGACGGGUCUAGGGAAGCGAGGUGUGGAGACUCUUUCCGGACGAGGGCGUCCUCUUUCGUGGGCUUCUGAGCAGAGACUCAGCCAUGCCGAACUCGAGGCCCAGGUCCCGCCGGAGCGCCGGGGGUGGCGCAGGUACGGCCGGCCGGGACCGGCUGGUGGCACGGUCCUUGCAGAGCGCUGAGCACUGUCUGGGCGACCAGGACUUCGGGACUGCCUACGCCCAUUACCUUCUGGUGCUCAGCUUGGCGCCAGAACUCAAAGAGGACGUGAAGGAAACUUUCCAGUAUACACUUUUCAAGUGGGCUGAAGAGCUUCAUGCACUGAAUCGAAUACAAGACUUACUUGGUUGCUACGAGCAGGCCUUAGAGCUGUUUCCUGAUGAUGAAGUGAUUUGCAACAGUAUGGGAGAGCAUCUGUUCAGAAUGGGCUUUCGAGAUGAGGCAGCUGGGUAUUUUCAUAAAGCAGUGAAGCUAAACCCUGAUUUCAACGAUGCAAAGGAGAACUUCUAUCGCGUGGCAAACUGGUUGGUAGAGCGCUGGCACUUCAUCAUGCUUAAUGACACCAAGAGAAAUGAGAUUUAUAACGCGGCGAUCCAGAAGGCAGUGCAGUUGGGCUCCAAAACAGUGCUGGACAUUGGCGCCGGCACUGGGAUACUGAGCAUGUUUGCCAAAAAAGCUGGUGCACACUCAGUAUACGCCUGUGAGUUAUCCAAGACCAUGUAUGAGCUCGCUUGUGACGUCGUGGCUGCAAACAAGAUGGAGGAUGGGAUCAGGCUCCUGCAUAUGAAGUCACUUGAUCUAGAAAUACCAAAGCACAUUCCUGAAAGAGUGUCCCUAGUUGUAACAGAAACUGUCGAUGCAGGUGUGUUUGGAGAAGGAAUUGUGGAGAGUUUAAUUCAUGCAUGGGAGCAUUUACUUCUGCAACCACAGACCAAAGGUGAAAAUGGAAGUUGCGGGAAGUAUGGGAAAGUGAUACCGGCCAGUGCUGUUAUAUUCGGGAUGGCAGUGGAGUGUGCAGAGAUCCGAAGGCAUCACAGGGUUAGUGCUAAGGACAUAGCUGGUAUACAUUUACCAACAAAUGUGAGAUUUCAGAGCCCAGCCUAUGCCUCUGUAGAUCCUGAAGAAACGGUUGAACCAUACACAACGGAAAAGAUGAGUGGAAUCCCUGGAGGAUACCGGCCUUUGACAGAAUGCUUUCAGAUUAUGAAAGUUGAUUUCAAUAAUCUCCAGGAGUUAAAAAGUCUCGCAACUAGGAAGCCACACUCUCUCAGUGUACACGCUGUUAAGGAAGGCACGCUGGACGCGAUUAUGGUCUGGUUUGUUCUCCAGCUUGAUGAUGAGCACAGUUUGUCCACAAGUCCCAGUGAGGAGACCUGUUGGGAACAGGCUGUUUAUCCAGUACAGGCGCUGGAAGGUAAGUAUUGUCUCACUACAAAGUUUAGGGGCUGGGGCAAUGAGGUUAAGACCACUGCUACUAUUCCAGAGGACACUUGAUACCCACAGGGUAGCUUAGAACUGUCUACACCCAUGGUCCCAUGGGAGCCAAUGGCCUCUUCUGAUAUGCAGGCA